GCACAGGAUGGGGCAUCCAGCUUCCCACAUCCCCAAAGUGACCUUGUUUCAGCCAGCCUUCCACCAAGAGAGCGGAAUCUAUUGGCAGCAUGGUGGCAGGACAGGAUGGGAACAUGGAGGAUGCAGGCCGCCAGCCUGAAGAUUGGAACAAAGUAUGGUGCAGUAUCUCCUAAACAACAGGUAGGUGACUAUCCCAUCCAAGAAGAAGAGGUGUUGGUCCAGAGUCAACAAGGCGGGAAUCUGCGCCCAGUAGAGGACCCUUACAUCUGCCCCCAACUCAGCCUUGCGGACUUCAUCCAUGAACAAGUCAUCCUUUCCUUUGACUAUCCUCUCCCUCUUAAGCAUUUGGAUUUUUUUUUGUUACAU